UUUUUAUUGAAAAUGGAAGAUAAUAGUAGCGACCAAGACACUAUUAAACAUAAAUAUAGCACAGAAGGAUCCAUUCAGGACUCUCUUGAUCAAUCCCAGAAGUCAGAUACUGACACUGUUAGAGCAAACCCCCAGAUGGGAUCUCACCCAGGUAGAGUAACUUUUCAGGAAGAUGCUCAAGAUGAUAAACGGUCAAAUUUAAGAACAAACUCGUGGUCAAAACAACUUAGUUCUAAUCUUAAAUCUCAGACUGAUUUCACCUUCGGAGAGAAAUUUGAUUCUGGAGGAGCUUCUGGAAUUUGUGGUCAGAACACAGAUAGUCCAAAUAACAUUGGAAAUAAGAGAAGAAAUUCCUUAACCCCUGAGAAGGUUCAAGACCUCCCUCUUGAAAACCAAGAAAGGAUAGAAACCUUCACAAGCUCUGAGAAGAACUCAGGAUUGAACAAAUAUCAAAUCUUCGAUGAAGGAGGUUAUAAAAUGAUGAACUUAUACGCUAAUGACAAUGAAGAAACUCAAUUGAUUGUAAGCGACCUUGACUCUAUUGGCAGCAUUAUGAAGAAUAAGAUAUCCAAUUCGAGUAAGGAGAGCAGCGUUAAGUGACUUAAGAAUGAGUCACAAGAGAUGACGAGGAAGUUACCCCAUGGCUCACUUGAUCUUUUGAAAAAGACUAUUAGUAAAAUGAUAAAUUCUCAACAGAGCAAGAAGCAUACGAGACUACAGAGGAUAGAUGAAGUGACUACAUCGAAAUUUAGAUGUGUAAAAUCGAAGUUUACUGAUAGUCUUGAUUCAGACUCUGAGGAUGACAGGCUGAGUGACGAAUACCAGAAAGAAGUGCUAAGGAUCAAAGAAAAGAUCGUGAAGAAGAUUAAGGAUAAUUACAGUAAUAAUUUAAUCAAUAUCUCCACUGAAAGCUCAAUUAUGUCUGUUGAUAAUAAGGAAGCUCUAAUGAAAUAAAUUAGGUACAAGGAUUGAUUAUAUUCAGCAAAAGAGAGAAAGCGAGAGGAAGAAAUCCCAAAAUUACAACCAAAUGCAGAAAAAGAUGGCUUUACAGAAUAUUUUACUUCCUAAUCAUACGCCUAGGCAGAGUGAUUUAGAGAAGGAAUAUGAUCAUGAGAGGAUCAGUAGUUUGAGAAGCAAGAUUCAUGAGGUCACUAGGAAGCUCUCUCGAGAAUUUAAAUCACAAAAAAUUGAAAUAGAAAGUCUUAGAGAGGUGUCUGAGGAGAGUGACAUUGAUAAAACAGUUGUUUAUGAUAGCUCAAGAGAGGAUAUUUUCAGUAAAGCACCUCAAAAUAUUGUAUUUGAACCUCAUAAAGGAGAUUUCAUCAAUAAUUCUCCAAGAAAAAGAGGUAAUUUACUGAGAACUGGAAAGAAUGUAUCAUUUAACUGAGGGUUCCAAAGGAAACUUAUUUCAAGAGUAAAUCUUAAGAAGAAGAACUUCACCCAUCUGAAUUCCCCAUCACUUCACACAGAUGUUACUAAGAAUACCACUCUUCAACCAGGAGAUAGAGAUGUAUUUACACUAAGAAACAUAUAUCCUCGGAAGGACAAGUCAUCAGGAGAGAACACUCAGUUUAACUUCUUGAGGAGAAGGCCAUUUAAGAAGAAUAAAUCAGUUGGCAGGAACACAAAUUGUCUCAGAAGAAAAUUUCCCAAACCUAUAAACACUAAUUAUUCUAUGUAUUUUUAA